ACCAGGCCUGAAAUUUCAGAUUUCUCUCGAGGCCUACAAUGGGCAUCGAUGGAAGAUUGGGUUUUGCAUUAAAAAGCGAUGACUUUUCUUUUGGGUCUUUCAUUUUCUUUAUGGGCUUUCCUUCGCUUUCUUUCUCAUUUUCUCUCUUGCCUAAACCCUUAUCAACUCAGAAUUUCCUGUUUCUCUUUCCCUUGCUUUUUCUUUAUCUCUGAAAUCUAACUGCGGAUUAAAGUUCAAACAGUUGUUCCUGCCUAAACGCGUAGACAAAUUACACUGGUAACAGAAUGGGGCGCAAUUCGUCCAACUAUUCAGAGUCUCCAGUUAGGAGGCGAGGGUCUCCUCAUAGGAGGAGUCCAUCACAUAGAGAAAGAUCACCUGCGAGGCAUAAGAGCUUGCAUAAAGGAAGCUCCCCUGUAAGAGAAAAGUCUCCUUCUGGGCACAGGAGUUCUCACAGGGACCAUUCUUUGGAAAGAGAAAAACAUUCUGGCCAUACUAAGUCUCCAAAGCAUGCUAGUCCAUGCUCUCCCUCCCCCCGGACAAAGAGAUUGAGGAGAGCACAGGCUGAAAAGGAGGUUGAGAAAGCAAAGGAUAGGGAGUAUGAGAGAAACCAUAGCAGGGGUAGUGAGAAGAGUAUACGUAAGGAAAGAGCUUCGGGGAAGGAAAGGAUUUCCAAGAGGGAAAUGGGGGGUGACAAAAGGGAGAGACGGUCAGGAAGAGAUGAUACUAACAGCAAGUCUGGUAGAGGAAGACAUGAGCGGUCUAUUUCUCCAUCUGAUCUUCACCACAGGAGCAGGCAUAGAUCUCGUUCACCUGCAUCAAAUUCAAGAGCUCGGGAUGAGUGUGACAAAAAUUUGUCGUUUCAGGUGACUAAUUUGAGAGGUGCUGAACAAGGCGGGAAUGAUGAAGAUGAUUCUGUGGCUAAUAUGAAGGCAGCUGAGGAGGCUUUGGAAGCAAAACAAAAGCAAAAACCUACAUUUGAGUUAUCCGGAAAGCUUGCAGCAGAAACCAACAGGGUUAGAGGUGUGACUCUGCUGUUCAAUGAACCCCCUGAUGCUCGAAAACCCAAUAUAAGAUGGCGACUCUAUGUUUUCAAAGCUGGUGAAGUACUAAACGAGCCCCUUUAUAUACAUCGUCAAAGCUGUUACCUUUUUGGGAGGGAAAGACGAGUAGCAGACAUACCUACGGACCAUCCAUCCUGCAGCAAGCAACAUGCUGUCAUUCAAUUCCAGCAAGUAGAGAAAGAGCAACCUGAUGGUACAUUAACCAAGCAAGUAAGGCCUUAUAUAAUGGACCUUGGAAGCACUAAUAAAACUUUUAUCAAUGACAAUCCUAUCGAACCUCAACGUUAUUAUGAACUUUUUGAGAAAGACACCAUUAAAUUUGGUAAUAGUAGCCGAGAGUAUGUUCUACUGCAUGAGAACUCUUCCCAGUGACGGGUAUUGACAGGCCACCACGGCCAUACGAAUUCGUAUCUUGAAUUGGGAAUAGUUUUGUUGUCAACAUGUUUAUUACAAAAUACAAGGAAUGUUAUCAUAGUAUUCAUUUUUCCUCAUUUGAGAAUGGAGAAGUCUCUUGUAGAACUAGAUGUACGGAUUUAAUCCAGUUCAUGCUAGUGUAUGCUAAUGUUCCCUCUUGAAAGUAGGCAGUGCCUUUACUUUCUCUGUGCUAUCUUCUUUAUAUGGUACAUAUUGUGUUAUAACUAGCCAAGAAUAAGUGAAAGUAAAUGAUGCAGGGACAAAAUGAUGGGAUCCAUUUAUGUGUUUUUGGCAGUCUUAAAACCUAAUGGCCACUGCAUAUAUAUACAUACAUACAUAUAUAUAAGCAAUAUCGCGUCAUUUAUAAAAGUUGGUAUACAACAGGUCUCUUUUCCGGUUGCAGUUUUUUUUGUACUAAAAUGAGUUUUCGUUUUCCUUUUAUUCUUUAAAUAUUUAAUGUGGCACAUAAU